AUGACUAAUCUCACUGCCUCACCAUCAUCGAGUAACAUGGCCGAGAACGAGGCCAAGGGGAAGCGAAAGGCUUCUACGGCGGGCCUCCCUGCCAAUGCCCGACCCGUAAAACGGAGGGCAUCGAAGGCAUGCUGUUGCUGCCGUGCUCGGAAAGUCCGUUGUGACGUGGUGGAAAAUGGCUCUCCUUGUACGAAUUGCCGCCUGGAUCAAGUAGACUGCAUUGUCACCGAGAGCAAGAGGAGAAAGUUCGUCCAUGCCGAAAACAUGACCCGUUUGCCUCACUCGAAAUCCCGUGUUGAGGUUGACAACCCCAGCCAUCAGCUCUCUCAAUCGCCCGCGGAGGCCCCCGAAGACGGAAGUCUUCUGCGGAGACUCAGUGAAUGCCACGGGCUCUCGGAUGUUGCCCCUGCGUCUCCUUCCCAGCGUUCCGUAGACCUGGACCAGGGGCAACAUAUGCCACAUCUUCUCUAUCAGAGCCAAGUCAGCAGAAUUGGUGCCGGGGCUGAACGAUAUCGAAGAAGAAUGGCGCCCAACCCUGCAGUGCCUGCCACCAUGCCUCUGCAUCACGUCACCUCGCAGAUCCAGCAACUACUUGAUCCUUCCUUCACCAAUACCAGAUCUGGAGGCAUCAUGCUGCCCGAUUACAUUCGAGGAUUGCCACCUCGCUUACAAAAGGAGGACAUCGAGUAUCUGGCAAUGAAAGGAGCGUUGACGGUGCCUGAUGUGGGACUGCGGAAUGAGCUGCUCAAAGCCUACGUACAUUAUGUUCACACGUAUAUGCCUCUCCUGGAUCUGGAGGACUUUCUGCAGACUAUCGCUCAAAAUGACGGAAUUCGCCGCAUGAGCCUUCUUCUAUUUCAGGCGGUAAUGUUUGCCGGUACUGCCUUCGUUGACCUGAAGCACCUUCAAGCCGCUGGAUACUCCAGUCGGAAGGCAGCCCGAAAAUCAUUCUUCCAACGCGCCCGGCUUUUGUACGACUUCGACUAUGAGGUGGAUCGGAUCUCGCUUGUACAAUCCCUGCUGCUGAUGACCUACUGGUACGAAACCCCAGAUGAUCAGAAGGACACCUGGCAUUGGAUGGGUGUCAGCUUGUCUCUAGCACAUACCAUCGGUUUACAUCGUGACCCGGGUAAUUCUCGGAUGGAUGUUCGGCGCCAGCGAAUGUGGAAGCGCAUAUGGUGGAGCACCUACACUCGCGAUCGCCUAAUUGCCCUGGGAAUGAGACGUCCCAUGCGUGUCAAGGAUGACGAUUGUGAUGUGCCCAUGUUAACCCUCGACGACUUCGAAUUCCAUCCCUUUUCACCGGAGAUUGUCAGCAUGGUAGGCAACUCGGAGAUUCUCCAAAAUGUGAGCCACCAGAAAGAGCUCGCGCUCAUGUUCAUUGAGAAGGCGAAGCUUUGUCUCUGUGUCAGUCACGUCCUUUCGGCACAAUAUUCCGUGCUCAGCCAUAAGUUUGGCGGUACAAUGGAAACAACCAUGAUGCUAGUCCCGAAAAAGUCGGCGGCAGAGACAUUUGAGGUUCGACGAUGCGACCAGGAGCUGGAGGAUUGGCUGGCCCAUCUUCCGUCGGAGAUUCAAUACGCUCCUAUGGCCCCAGCGAAGCUAACCGAGGCACAAGAAGUCCUGCAUUCCCAUCGAGCUCUCUUAAAGAUGGUUUACUUGACAACAUCCAGCGCGUUACACCGUCCUCAGGUUCUUCCAGCCAUGCCAUUUCCCUCCACGGACGCAGAGUUACAGGAUAUCUCUCGGAAUAAGGUUCGAUUUGCCGCGGUCGAGAUCACGAAUAUUGCUCAAGACCUGCACGCCUUAGAUUUAACUCGCUAUUUCCCUACUACCGGUGUGACCGUGCUCCUGCCUGCCGUUAUCAUUCAUCUUCUUGAUAUCAAGUCCAGUGACCCCAACGUCCGGAUGGUUAGUCUUCAACGGUUCUAUCAAUGCAUGCGCAUCCUCCAGCGCUUGCGGGAGAUCUACGCGUCGGCCGACUUUGCAACGUCAUUCUUGGAGGCCGCGAUCCGCAAGGCCGGUAUUCAACUCACGGUAGCACCUCAAGACGUACAGGCACGAAACAAUAGCACAUUUGAUUCCGUUCGGUUAAAUACAUUGACACCGCCUCCGGACUCUCUAGCACAAAAGAUUCCCGACUUGACAUACCCCAAGACCAGCAGCACCCGGUUGGCUGGUGAAGCUGCAGAGGCCUCCGGAUUCGCCUCUACGCCGCCACCAUCAGACGGAAGUGAAAACGGCAGUACCAACAACAUUAACCCACACUACCACCAGGACGCUUUCGCAAUCCCCAAUCUAGACUCCGACCUAAGCAUUAGCGAACUUAUGGAUUUGGCAAAUGAUGCGGAGGUGACUCAGAACGACUUCGACGCCUUGAUCAACUUUGAUGACACCGGCGCGGAGUUGUUCGCCGCCGAUGAUGGUCUUAACAUCAAUGGCAACCCGAAAGGCCCAGGGUAUGGUUUCAAUAUCGGCACAAUGGACAACGUGCCGGACUUGUUCGGACCUGAGGGCAAAGAAGUUGGUUUGGCCGGGUUAGGCGACGGUCAACUCCAUGAGGAUCGCACCUCGACAACGCUGGGCGCCAACGAGGCACCACGGGCCGAAUUUAAUGGCAUUGCCGAACUCGAAGCCGAGCUUGGAUUGAAUCUAUGA